AUGGAUGGAAAGAAAAAGAGAAAAAGGAGACACGAGGAUAAUGCGAGUGAGUCGAGCUCAAGCGACGGAGGACAAGAAGCGAAGUCGCGAAAAACCGAGAGAAGAGACGAAUCGCAACAAAAUGCGAAAAAGAGGAGGAAAAAGAAAAAAAGAGAUGAUAAAAAGCAUAGGUCUAGCAGCAGCACUUUUUCUAGUGACAGCGGUAGCGAGCAUUCUCCUAGCAAAGAUGUCGGGACAAGUAAAAAGAAGAGAAAACAUUCUCAUAAAGAGAAACUGAAAAGAAGGAAAGAAAAGCGGAGAAGAAAACGGGAGAGGAAGGAAAAGAAAAGUAAACGACGCAAGGAGAAAGAGUUAAAAGAGACGCGUGCUGAGAAUAAGGAAAAAGAGAUCUCGAAGAACUCUCCACCUCAAGGUCUGAAAUAUUUGCUAAUAAGCAAAAUAUGUAUGACUAUGUACUAGUAAAAUAUAACCUGCCACUUAAUUUGGCCGCUAUUCCAUUUUGCUCCCCAGCAAAAAAAUCCCAUUGGGGAGCUUAUUAAAGGAGCUAUGGUAGUUUAAGUUCUCCAUGACCAGACCACACCAUGCUCUUGUAUGAAACUGUGUGUUAAGAUUGUAAAAAAAUCUCAGUAAAAUCGGCCUUAGCUUGUAGAGCAUUUUAAAUUUUUGCACACAGAUGCUGUCAGAGUUAUUUUGAUAAUACAGAAAUAGUAUCUAUAGAGCAAGCAAGUCUCAUCCCACCUCUUUCCUAGGCGUUUUUAAUUGAUAAAUCGAUAACAAUCAUUAGUAAAUUAUCAAGAUUGAUAUCGAUUUCCCAUAUCGUUUGAUAGAAAAUGAUAUUGAAAAAACAUUGUGACUUCGAUUAAUAUCGAUUUCUGGUAGAAAUCAAUAAUGAUAGAUUUCUCAAUAGUAUUAUCGAUUACUAUUGAAUAUUAUUGGAAAAGACUUAAAUUCAACAUAAGAUGGCAAGGAUCUGGAAGACUUAAAAGCCCUUUUACAUGUACCACUUUGAAUUAGAUUUCCAAUUAACCUACUUGUAGCCGCAUCCUCCACUGACGAAGGAAAAACAGGAAGAGGGAUCCUCCUCUCUCCACUUUUCCUUUGUCAGGGGGAGGGUGUGGCUACACAUAGGCUAAUUUCCAAUCUGAGCAUGAUUGCAAAAAACAAAUACAAGAUGCCUCUUAUGGUGCUUGAUUGGAUGGACAUGUAAAAAUUUAUUAACACCAAAGAAACAAAAAAAUGGAACACAAUGAAGACUAUGCCUGGAGUAGUUGCUGAUUCAGAAAUAAAAAUAAUGUGUUAAGCUAAAGUCGGUCUUGUCGGUGUUGUUUGCCAAAUAGCAUCGUCAUGUUCAAAAUAUCAGCACCAUAUGCUCCUCAAGAUUAUUGCUUGUUAUCGAUUACUUCUGAUUACUGUUGAUUGUUUAAAAUCAAUUUUUUAAUCAAUACUAAUCGAUAAAUAAUUUUUCUGUGACUACGAUGGCUAUCGGUUGAUAUCAAUAUUAUAUUGAUUGAUUUCCAACAUCGAUUUUUAUUGAUUAGCUAUGCCUGGCUCUUUCUGAUAUUUCUGGAUUCACCUUGCUGCAGAUUACUGAAUGUAAACAUACAAGCGGCAAAUGGAUCUAAUUCCAUUCAUGGCAAGCAUUCCUGAAAGAAGAUUUAUUCUUUCAGAGGUCAAAAGAGAUGGGCAACUCAGACAUUUUAGUGAAUCUUCAUUGUAUGUGGAUAAUCUUACACAAGAGAUGCAAACAGCCAUUUAAUGUUUUGGGUCUUAUUUCAGAUGCCGAUAAAUUGAAGAAAAAACCCACUUCACCUGAUUCUGGAAGUGACACUGCACCCAAAAAGAGGUAGCUAUAGAAAAAACCUUGUAACUUUCAGUAAACAAAAUUACUCCUACAUAGGGAGUGAUUCAUUACUAGAAACCGGGUUUGUUGCAUCUAAAAAUAACUUUAGUGUCAACGGUUCUAGCAGAAACGUGCUUAUUACGGUGACCAUCAUCAAUUUCCACAUGGUCCUCCAAGCCACACAAAGGUCAUCUGUGCAGGGCAAAGGCAGUAAUACCUACUGACCCAGUUAGUUUAAAAAGCAAUUGCCUUACUACCCCUUUCACAUUAUAUAACUACUGUAGUUGCAUCCCCUUUAACUGCUGUAAAUGCACUGUCUUUUGAAAUGAAUAAAUCACAAAACCAGGAAAUUUUCUGGACCUUUUUACAGCUAUUAGACCUUUUAGGUCUUCUUACAGAUGGAAAAGACAAAUUUCCCUGCCUUUUUAUAUACUACAACUAGUGAAAUUCCUACCCGUUCAUAUACCUGAGGCCCUUUUGGGUGGAGCCUUCCCAUAUAGGCUGUUAUGGGGAGUACCCCCCCCCCCCGGGCCUUAGCAGCGCAACCAUGUAAUACUAGUGAACACAACAUUACUAGAUUCAGAUCUUUAAGACCCUAGGAUAAGAAGGGGGCAUAGCCUUGGAAGUAAUAAUUUUUUUUUUCUUGGCCCUGUGGCUUCAGUGUGGCCUGUGCUUUCAAAAUGGCCAGUCCCACUGGCAAGUUCUGACUUUUCGGAAGCACCCUGGAAGUGUCAAGCUUUUAUGUGGUUGAUUAUUACGUUAAACUAACAAAUUUAAUUUGUGGAUUAAAGAUCUAUGGUUCCCAUGACAAAGGAAGAAUAUGAGAAACAGCAAGCCCAGAUUAGGAGAGUGUAUGACCCAGAGACUGGCCGACACAGGUAAAAAUGUUAGAAAUAUGUUUUAAAAAAGGGCUUUUUAAAUAAUUGACCAAUGUGCAAGUGGCUCAAUUACUCCUUGUGGAAAAAAGCCCAACAACAGUUCUUCAGAGGACACUAUACUCACAGGCAAUGCAUUACUGAUGCUUUGGAUAGAGUUCAUAUUAUUUUUCACAUUAGUACAUGUGUGCACAAAUAAUCAUUUAAAAUAAUAUUUUUCAACAGGCUUGUCAAAGGCACUGGUGAGAUUUUGGAAGAGAUUGUAAGUAGGGACAGACAUAAAGCCAUUAACAAGGUUAGUUUAAAAAGCAAAUUGUAUUUCCACACAUGCAGAUUAUAAUACAUUUGAUAACUUUCGAGAUUUACUUGGGUGUAUUCGCAUCAGGGGAUGUGUGGCACCUUUCAGUGGGGAGUUAAGUUAUAAUCAUUUUAUAAUCCUGAAGUGAUUGAGGACUUUCUGAGUAUCAUAAAGUAAAUGGUAGGGUUUUGGUUUGUUAUCUAGGCAUAAUAAUGUACUCUUUUUUUUUUCUAUAAGAAUAGAUUUUAUAAGAAUAUCAAGGCUGAAAUUUGCGAAAUUUUAGGAAUAUUUUAAGAAUAAACCCCAGGCUGAGAUUUUGAAAAGGAUAUAAUUUUUUGUGUUCAAAAACUUAAACACAAUACAAUUAUACAUGCAUGUUUUCAACUUAUUCCAUUCUUUGAACAGCAAAACUUGCCAACAAAACGAAAAAACCUGCACUUGUUAUAAUUGAUAGCCCCAUGUAUUCUAAAACUGAAAUGUCAUAAGCUAUAAUUUAAGAAUAAUACCAGAAUAUUUUCCGCCUAAAAUCGGCAGAGAAAUAAGAAUAUUCAGCCUGGGCCGGAGAAACAACAUUCUUAUUAAAAAAAGGAUGUUGUUUUUCUGUGAUUUUCCUCCUAAAUGUUAUCACAGAGAUUCAGCUCACAACUUUGCUUAAGGAAAAUGAAAGUGUCUACAGUAAAUGUGCACCCUUUUUUAUAACUGUAGAUGCAGUUUCAUUUGAUCCAAGACAUUUUUAGAGUUCAAUUAUAUUCAAAAACGAAGACGUUGCUCUUUCUGUUAUUUCAGUCUGCUACUCAAGGAGAUGGGGCAUUUUUCCAAGCAAAUCUUGGUCUGAGGGAUAGAUAA